GGCGCCAUGGGUUCAACGAGUCUCUUCGAGCGGCUGGAGGCAUGCUUGGCCGAAGAACGAGCCGAGCUUGAAAAGCGACAUGGCUUGCUCCUCCAGGAACUCAUGGCAGACCCGCACUUUGCUGCGCAUGACAUGCUGCGGCAGCCGGAGCCCAAUGAGGUUCCUGUGCCUUUCAACAGGAAGGCCUUCGCAUCGCCAUUAGCAUCGGCAACUGAUGAUUUUUGGCAAUUGUCAGGGGCAGCGAGCCCCUCAUUGGAUUCUGCAGCAAGCCUCUUGCUGGAUGAAGUGAAGGAAGAGAAUCUUCAAAGGGCAUCAGAAAAAGAAGACUUUGACGAGCAGGCUGUGCGCGUUGAGGUUUUGAAGGAGGUGGCCAAAGAGAGGGCACGUAGAAAGAGAAGACAGGCAAAAAUCCACAGCUAUGUUUACAGUUCGGAUUGCGAGGCAAUGAGUUCUUCGCUUUCAGAACCGCAGCCACCAGAGACAGACCACAAGGUGCCAGGGCCAGUGAACUAUUGGAUCGGCGACGAAGACCCCGAGGCCUUCGCAUCGCCAUUAGCAUCGGCAACUGAUGAUUUUUGGCAAUUGUCAGGGGCAGCGAGCCCCUCAUUGGAUUCUGCAGCAAGCCUCUUGCUGGAUGAAGUGAAGGAAGAGAAUCUUCAAAGGGCAUCAGAAAAAGAAGACUUUGACGAGCAGGCCUGGUGCAUGUUCUGGUGGCACGAGCUCUGGAGCUCCGAGGCCUUCGAGGAGCUUUUGCCCUUCGAGGCGCAGCGGAAACAGGCUGCGCCUGCAGUGUUGCUCCAAUGUUUGCCGUUCUAUUUGUCAGUAGAAGACUUUCUCAGUUUUCGACUUCUUUGCCGUGAAACUUCUGAUCGGAAGGUCUGGAAUCGGCAAAUCAUCGCAGCAGUGAAGCCUAUGAGGGUUGAAGGCUACGUCGAGUACUUUCAGUUCCUGUUCUCCUCGACAGAUCCUAAUUUAGUUGGGCCCCCGCCCACUUUGCCACGCAACUGUAAAGGCUUUGAAACUUUGGUGAAGCACUCGGAGCACUGGUGGAAGUUCGGUGAUCAGCAUGCAAUGCUGCGCUUCUUCGAAACUAUGCGGAGGUGGUCUCGAGAGUCCAACUAUGCGGAAGUCGCCCAUCUUCUUUUGUAUAUUGCCGUCGAUGCACUGCAGAUAGACGACAAGUCUUUACGGCAUUUCUUUGCGCGGGAUGUUUUGCAUUGGUUGGAACAUGGUGACGAGUUAAGUCAAUCCUUGGCAAGCAAGUGCCUCAAAAACUGCGAGAUGGGCGUGGGACGCUUCAAUAAAGCUUGCCUCAAAGCCUUGAAACAUCUAACAGAUGAGGCAAAUGAACAUCAUGUUUGGUUCGCGGCAAUGGGAGGGAUAGAGACACUAGAAAGAUGCGAAAGAAAAAGGAGGCAGAAGUUGGGAAAGAUUGGGAAGAAGAUUGGAAAGCCGUGAUUCUAGUACAGUGGAGACCUCGAUGAUUGACGUCUGGAGACAAAUCUAUUGUGUCUCAGAAUGGAGCUCUGAGUUGUGGGUGGCGUGGACAGCAUGGACGAAAUCAGCUUGUGCAUUCCUGAAAACGCCUCGUCAACAAAAAGAGAGAAAGGAGGCCAAAACGUUGUAGAUCUGGAAGUUAUCUCUGAGCAAAGGGAGUUGCUGGAUAGAGAAAAUAACGACAUUGGAAUCAAUGAGCUGCAAAUUCCUUUGUUUGAAACUCUGUCUUGAAAACCGAUGAAAAUUUCAGGGAGUCUUGUAGCAUCUUCUUCUUGUGCAGAAUCACAGUUGUUAUCCGUUUGUUGAGUCAGCGUGGCUCAAGUGUGUCGCCCUGGGAGCAAAA